AUGGCAGCUAUCAAGAGAAAAGAGCUCGAAUUGGAGGCCGAGCUUGUAAAGAAGAAACUCGUUUUGGACGUGUCCGCCAUUCAAGACGACGAGAAAGCGUGCAAGGCGAACAACCCGAAUGAACGAGUGGCUUCCUUUAAAGCCGCCAUGCAAGACACUACUAAAUUUUACAACGUGUCUGCCGCUGAGAAUAUUCAUCGAAUAAUAAGCGCGCUUAAAGGAGAGGCUCUUGAUGUCGUGGCCGCACUUUUGCAAACGGCCACAGACACGAUCACUUUUAUGAACACAUUGGAACAGUGCUUCGACGGCCAGAAUACUCAUCGGCGCAUAACAUGCAAAGCCAAGCUGUGCGGUGUGGAACAGUGUCGUCGUCCGCAUCACUCAUCGCUGCAUCAAGCGGAAAAGAAACCGGAAAACACAGAGGUACGUGACAAGGAACAAGUAUUGUCAGUGACGCCGAAAACGAACGUCGGCGCACGCACCGUGCUUCUGAAGAUGUGCCCGGUCGUAGUCGCCGGUCCACGGGGGGAGGUGAGAACGCACGCUCUCCUCGACGAAGGUGCCACGGUGACAUUGAUGGAUGAAGAUCUCGCCGAGAAGAUAGGUGCAGACGGCCCUACACAAGCACUGCACCUAAGCGGCGUUAACAUGGCUCAAAAGGAAAAAGCCAGCAAGUUGGUGACGGUGCGAAUUAGAGGUGUGACAGAAGACGAGCCACACUCAAUACGAGCAAGAACAAUAAAGCACCUGAAACUGCACCAACAGACCAUUCCGGCAGCUAUGAAGUUGAAGCAUUUAAGGGACCUGCCGGAAGAAUUGUGCUAUGAACGAGCGCGCCCAGGCAUCUUAUUGGGCGCGGAUCAUUGGGAGCACAUUGUGUCGCGAGAACUGCGAGUUGGCGGCCGCAACGAACCGGCUGCAUCAAGGACGCUACUCGGCUGGGUGGUGCACGGUACGUUACCACGUAGCGUCAUAACAAAGAAAGAAAACGUGCUUCAUAUAUACGAGCGGGAGCACGACGGACUGCAUAACCUCGUGGAAGAUCACUUCAAAAUAGAAGCGCUCGGCGUCACACCAGAACCGAGAGUGAGUGACGCAGAUCGACGAGCCAUCGCCACAUUGAAGACGUCUAUAAGGAAGAUAGACUGCGGGUACGAAGUCGGCUUGCCGUGGCGACAAGACAACACCGCCAUGCCGCCGAGCUACAACGCGGCACUUCGACGCCUGCGACAAAUCGAGCACAAGAUGGACGCCUCGCCUGAAUUUGCCCGCGAAUAUACUGCACAGGUGAAUAACCUUAUAGAAAAAGGAUACGCAGUGAGGUGCGACGGGUCAGAAUCAUCGAGCCCCGUCUGUUGGUACCUCCCUCACUUCGCGGUGCAGAACCCGAACAAGCCUGGCAAGCAGAGGUUGGUGUUCGACGCAGCGGCGACAAGUCACGGGGUGAGUCUGAACGACCACUUACUGGAAGGCCCUGACAUGUUGAUGUCUCUGCCCGGAAUAAUGUUUCCGUUCCGGGAGAGCGCUGUAGCAGUCACAGCGGACAUACAAGAAAUGUUCCUGCGAAUCAAGAUCCGUGCCGAAGAUCAGUCAGCGCAGCAAUUUCUGUGGCGCGGUAACGACCGAACCAACCCGCCGCAGCGAUUUAAGAUGACCAGCAUGAUCUUCGGUGCAGCGAGUUCACCAUUCAUGGCGCACUUCGUAAGGAAUCACAACGCCAACGUGCAUGCGCAGCUGUAUCCCAGAGCAGCGGAGGCCAUCACCAAAUAUCACUAUAUGGACGACUUGGUGGCCAGCUACGAUACACCCGGAGAAGCGCACGAAGCCAUAGAGGAAAUGAAGACGGUGCACGCGGCGGCGGGAUUCACUCUGCGCGGUUGGAACUCGAACGACGAGGUAGCUUCGCGACGUGCCCCCAGAGUUGCGCUCGAAUCAGCCCACGCAACUGGGGGAGAACAUCAACACAGCAAGAUAUUGGGACUGCGGUGGGACCCGGAGCGAGACGAGCUGGGAUUCAACACAGCAAUGAGCCGAGUCCCGAAAGAAGUAAAACGCAAGUGCGCACGCCCACCAAGAGAAGCCCUCAGUACAGUCAUGUCGAUCUACGAUCCACUGGGACUUCUCAGCGUGUACACCAUUCGCGCCAAGAUCAUCCUUCAGAACUUAUGGCGCUUAAAGAUGUCGUGGGAAGAACGGGUGCCAGAGGAAGACGGCAAGCUGUUCGCGACGUGGUUGUCGCAACUGUCGGCGAUCGGCCAGUUGCGCAUUCCCCGACAUUAUGGACCGACGAGCCACGAGCGACGCAUCGAGCUCCACGUUAUGUGCGACGCCAGCGAGCAGGCCUACGCAGCGGUGGCGUAUUGGCGGAUGGUCGGCCAAGAGAACGUUACACUCUCUUUGGUGGCCGCCAAGGCGAAGGUGGCACCGCGACGGACGCAAACGAUACCCCGCCUCGAGCUGCAAGCGGCGGUAAUCGGGCUCAUCCACUGGAUCCGGAACGACGAGCGACGGUACACACCCUUCGUCGCGCAUCGUCUGCGGGAGAUCGCCGAGCUCACCGACAAAAGUGAGUGGCGAUGGCUACCCACGACGCACAACGUCGCCGAUGAAGCCACUCGACUUCGGAGCGACGCCGUGAGUGAAGACAGCCGGUGGUUCCGGGGACCUGAUUUCCUCCUCGAGCCCGAACAAUCAUGGCCCACGAGACGGAAGUCAGGACGACGAAGCAGAGGUCCUGCACAUCACAGAGAGCCCGGAAAGGAACGCUGGCUGCCCGACCCGACCCGCUUCUCCAAGUAUGAAACAUUGGUGCGAGCCACGGCGAGAGUCUUGGCGUUCGCGGACAUCGCGCGACGCAAGACACCACACCUGGAAGUGGGACACUUGAAGCGGGCGGAGCUGAUAUUAAUGCAACAGGCGCAAAGGGAGAGCUUCGGGGAAGAGCUGCAACGAUUGAAGUCUUCCCAGCCGGUACAAAGGACGAGUCGGCUAUUCAAGCUGGACCCGGUGUUAGAAGAUGGCGUGCUGCGAGUCCGGGGACGCAUCGGAGCAGCCACAGUCCCGGAUGACGCCAAACGACCGGUCAUCUUGGACGGCCGACACCCCGUCACGAAGCUCAUCGUGCUGCAAGAACACUGUGCCGCAGGUCACGCAAAUAGGGAGCGCGUGACCAACGACCUGCGGCAAAAAUAUUGGAUAAUACACCUGAGGCCCACCGUGCGCACCGUGGAACGAGACUGCGCACUGUGUAAGGUGCGACGCACGAAGCCGCAGCCACCGGCCACGGGAGAUCUACCCCGUGCCCGCCCGUUGGACCCGUAUCAUCGGUCCUUCUCCAACUGCGGAGUGGACUACUUCGGGCCGAUGAUAGUGAAGAUCGGACGCCGGCGAGAAGCGUUGGGGCGCGCUGUUCACCUGUCUAACGACACGCGCCAUACAUCUGGAGCUCGCCGCAUCCCUGUCAACGGAUUCGGCCAUCAUGGCGUUGCGCAGGAUGGCAGCAAGAAGAGGGCCGAAAAUAAUGUAUUCCGACAACGCCACAAACUUCAGGGGAGCGGAUGA